CACUACUAUGUUUAGUCUCCAGCUGUGCGAAUAAAAAUUGAAAUAUUUUAAAUCUAAAUCAGUAUUAUAACGCACACUCGCCCCCAAACCAAUCGGGAAAAUUCAAACGAAGAGCUGCUACGCUUAUGAUCAUUUACAAACAAGGAAAAUAAUUUUUCCAGCGAGCAGGAAAACAUAUCGGCAGCCGCAAAUCGGACAAAAAAAGGAGUUCCCCAUUGAAAAGUAAAUACAAAAGUUGCAAUGAUAUCGUAAAUUGAAGAGCUUAUCUGCCUGGGAACCAGAUUAAAAUACGCUAUACCCUUUAUCACUCUCGAAAAACCAGAAGCCGAAAACGUCGCAAAAAUGAAACUGAAACGCUGGCGGCACAAGCGUAAAUAGACAUUUGCCUAUAGUUAACCGGAGGAGACAGACAUCCCAUAAAAUCCGGAUAAUACCUAUAACUCGCUUGAGAAAUAUUCGAAAAAGGAGUAAAAUCAUGCUAGGGCGCACACAAAAACUGCUGUUGGGCAUAUCAAUAUUAAUAUUAGUCGAUGUGAUUUGGGUUUCCUCCAGCGAGCUGACAAAGUUUCUAUACAAUGAGGCCAACUUUGACAAGCCGUUCUUCUGCACUUACUUCAAAACCUCCAUGUUCAGCAUUUACUUGCUGGUUAUUGGCAUCUUGGCGCCCUGGAAAGAGUCCUGCGAGCGCCAAAAUGGAAACUACGCUAUGAUGGAGCAAAAUGCAGAUGAUGAGAACUACUAUUCCAAUCAGGCUGGUUUGGGGGACCCCACAUAUAUUCCCAUCCGAUCGGCACACUUGGGAGCACCGGCCAAUGGAAACUCGAACUCGAAGUCCGGCACCGAAAGCGAUGACUCCAGUGUGCGGAGUGUGCGAUUCAGCAAAAUGGCCGAGGUCAGAGAGAUGUCCGCCCACGAAGCCACCGAUGCAUUGAUGGCGAGGCUCUCGUAUGCCGCCAGCUUGAGGAUUCGGAGGCAGAAGACCCACCACAAGACGGCCAAGACUGCGUUGCUGUUCUGCCUCCUCUGGUUCGUGGCCAAUUACUUCUUCCAGUUGGCCCUCGAAAUGGACGAGACCGCCAUGAUAACAUUGGUCAGCUCGUCGUCGUCGUUCUUCAUUAUCUGCCUAGCGGCAGUGUUUCCCUCGGCAACGGGUGACAAACUGACCAUCACCAAGGUGAUUGCCGUGUCAAUGAACAUUGGAGGCGUGGUGGCCAUCACCAUGAACGAUCUGCACGACACGAAGAUGACGAGAGGCGUCCUUCUGGCCCUGUUUAGCGCGUUCUUCUACGCCGCCUAUUUGGUUUUCGUAAAGCGAAAAAGCGAUACAGAGGAAAAGGUCGAUAUACCUUUGUUUUUCGGUUUCGUGGGCCUGUGGAAUCUGCUGCUAUUGUGGCCAAUAUUCUUCAUUCUGCACUUCACUAAGAUCGAAACCUUUGAGCUGCCCAGCCAGGGUCAGUUUUCCCUGCUGUUUCUAAACGGAUUAAUUGGCACUGUGCUGGCUGAAGCUCUUUGGCUUUGGGGAUGUUUUCUGACCUCUUCGCUGAUUGGGACGCUGGCCAUGUCGCUGCAGAUUCCGCUGGCCAUCAUGUUCGAUGUUCUGCUAAAGGACAAGCCCUACUCGCCGCUGUUCUACAUGGGAUCAAUACCCAUUUUCGUGGCCCUACUCCUCGUUUCGCUGCUGAUGCGAAACGAUGACUCCGAUCCGCUGAUGAAGCUGUUCAGAAUUGUAUAUAGGAAAGUCUGCCGGUGCCAUAAGCCAAGCAUUGUGAGGGUCAACGAUGACGAACAACAGGAGUCGCUGAUCAGCAACAGCGAUUGAAUUGGAGGCUUUUUUGUGAAAAUCGCUCUUCUACACACUUUGAAUGUUGCUCAUUGCAAUGCAAUCUAAAAUUGGCUGUUUACGAGUUCGUUUCGAAUCGUUCUUAAACCCUUAGGGACAGGCCCUGCACAACUAUUCCCUCCCUGUCCUGAUUUGUGUUUCUCAUUUGUGCAUUUUCCGUUGGAUAUUAUUGUGUUGCGAUCUAACGUACAACUAUUUAUUAUAAUCAUAUUCUCUGUAAAUAGCUUUAGCUUCCCCGAAUACCGUUUAUCUAUGUGAUAGUCUACAACGUUUUGCUGAAGUCCACCUAUUAUUUAUUGUAUUUCCUCGGUAUUCACACUGCGCUUAGCUGUAUAAUUGUUGACUUCUCAAUACAAGAUGAUUAUAAGAAGACAUAUACACAUAUUGAUAACUAAUAACAAUAAAUACAACUUGUCUACCGUAAGCUUAAAAAA